AAAGUUUGCGGACCCAAGCGCCUAAAGGCGAACGUAAUUAGCUGCAUGCUGUAGACGCAUUGUACCAUCAACGCACCUCGACCAAAACCAUUACAGGCAUAAUUCACGAAGCACCUGCCUCAGGAUAACAAUUGAGGAUGAAGGAUAGCAAACAGCUGCCUGGAUCGCAUCAAAAGCCUAUCAAAACAUUUGAGGGUCAUAAAAAAUACAUAACCUCCAUCGCAACUUUUCCGGAUGGCAGGAGAAUAGCGACUGCAUCGAUCGACAAGACGAUACGGAUAUGGAGGCUUGAGGACGGCGCAGAGAUGAUGAAGUGGGUGGCGAAGCAGCGCGUUACCGCACUUGUACUCUUGGAAAACGGGAAACGGGUUGUCAGUGCGGAGGGAGAGUUCCCAGACGAUUUUGAUGAAGACGAUUUCGAUGAUGUGUUGCAUUGGCAGUUAUGGGUACGUGAUGUUGAGAGUGGGAUGGUGAUCGCAGGUCCAUUGGAAGGUCACACAAGCAUGGUGAUUGCUUUGGACAUUUCCCCUGACGGAGAGAUGUUGGCCAGCGGGUCAUACGAUCGCACAAUCAUUUUAUGGGACACUAGCACCUGGCGAAAGAAAGGUCAUCCUCUCUUGUGUGGCUCAUACGUCACUUGCAUCCGAUUUUCUCCGACUGGUCAACUCGGUGUUGCUGCCAAGGAAGAUAUCCACAUAUGGGACUUGAAUCAAAGGAAGCGUCUUGCUCGAUUCAAGGGCCACUACGACCUCAACACUGCAUGCAACUAUUCGCUCACCUGGACUCGUGAUGGUACACAUCUCCUCUCAGCAGGUGAUAAAUAUGAUCCUGCCAUUCGCUCAUGGGACACAUCCACCUGGAAACAGGCUGGUGAUCCCUGGACUGGCCAUGACGAAGACAACUACAUCUACCAUAUUGUAUUGAACCCAGCGGGCACCCUUCUCGCAUCAGCAUCUGCCGACUGCACUGUUCGAUUGUGGCAGUUUCCCACAGGCACAGAAGUCGCCCGAUUUGAGCACUCAGAUUGGAUGUCGCGUGUUGCAUUCUCGGUGGAUGGACGCUAUAUAUUCAGUGGCGGCGACGACAAAAAAAUCUCGCAAUGGGAGAUACCUGAGGAUGUGCUCAUAGCAGCGGAAAUUGGUCUUCUGUCCAGCACGAAGAAUGAGGCUGCUCUCCGCAGGCAAAAGACAAAACGCCUGCUUAAUUCAGAGAUUCCUGGCCAGCGCCGAAACAAGCCGGCGACCUACCAGCGCUUCAACACAUCUCAUGGAUGGGAUGCUGCAUCACCACUCGCUCAUGCAGAACGCUCUUCAUCUUCUCGCUUGCUCGAUGUCAAGACCUUUUUCAAUGGCAUCCGACCGUCAUCUGACAAUAAGGGGAAGCAAAAGGAGCGCCGGCCGAAACGAAAUGCUCCCCAAGUCGUCGAUGUUCCUCUUGGGCAAGCUACAUACGGCGAUGUCGUUGGUGUGGACGAUGGAAUACGACCAUAUGUACUCUUCUUUUGCCUCAGCUGGUUCCAGAAAAAGAAGAAGAAACCGGAUCCACCACGACCAGUCUAUGACGACGAACUCGAUGACGACGAAUCUGAGCAUGCCAUUAUUGAUGUUCCUAUACCUACUACACGGACCCAAAUUGACACCGCCAAAAAAACUAAAUUGACGCCAGUGUCUUUUUUCCAGUCGCAGCCAGAGGCAGGUCCAUCUCGCCUUGCACCGCCAGUUGAAGUAGACAUUGUCAAUGUCCCAAUGCCCACUACCAGAAUCGUCCAGCACGAAGAAAUGGAGUUGACACCGAUGGCUAGUUAGUCACAGCCAGUGGCAGGACCGUCUUGCCUUGUCGAAGAACACGCGGGAGAAUAGUCUUCGUAGUCAGUUUUAUCUCUCGAGCUUUACGUCGUACUUACAGUUUCAUAUCAUCUUUGACUCUCUCCGCAACAACCAUAACAUUUACAAUUGAUUAUGAAGGUUCUUGCGACUUUUUACUCAGACCAAAGCGUCGACAGCUUGAGAACUGAACAUUCAACAAUUCAUUGCAGACUUGACUUAUGAUGCCUAUGCGUUGUUGAGACACUUGUCAAUUUCAAGCUGGUUACCCUCA